GAAUGUUGUCCCACGCCUCUUCAAUGGUUGUGCGAAAUUGCUGGAUAUUGGUGGGAACUGGAACACGCUGUUGUACACGUCAAUCCAGGGCAGGCUCAAAGGGAUCCCAUGCAGGCUCAAAGGGUGAUAUGUCUGGUGAGUGGGCAGGCCAUGGAAGAACUGGGACAUUUUCAGCUUCCAGGAAUUGUCUACCGAUCCUUGCGAUAUUGGGCCGUGCAUUAUCUUGCUGAAACAUGAGAUGAUGGUGGCGGAUGAAUGGCACGACAAUGGGCCUCAGGAUCUGGUCACCGUAUCUCUGUGCAUUCAAAUUGCCAUUGAUAAAAUGCAGUUGUGUUAGUUAUCAGUAGUUUAUGCCUGACCUUACCAUAACCCCACCGCCACCAUGGGGCUCUCUGUUCACAACGUUGACACCAUACACCAGGUCUGCAGUUGUGACGCCGGUUGGAACAUUUCUGGAAUCCUUUAUUUCAGCUCAUGAAACAUGGAACCAACACUUAUCUGUUGCGUUUAUAUUUUUGUUCCGUGUAGAUAGAAAAGUGAGGCAGCAACAGUAGUCUAUACAUUCUCUGACAGUUACAUUCGUCACAAUGAAAGUAAUUUAGGUUACAUGGGAAAAUCAGUAAUUGUGCAAAAGAUAAGCGGGACAUUACAUCAAAGAGAAACAUAUGCUCCGUCGAAAAUAUAAUUUCUCAAUUCAGAAAUGACAGCCCUAUACUGUGAUUGGCUGGAGAUGUCUUCUUAGUGCUGAUUGGCCACUCGCAGACUCGCCCUCUUUGCCUCCAGUAAAUUUCAUUAUGAAAAUGUGAGGUGUGUUUAGCAAUACUUCUUUCUUUGAAAUAUUAACAAGUACAAUUUCAAAAGUUUCACAGUGUAAAUAUUAAGAUUAAAUUAUGUAAUUUCUGUAUAGAUAAAAUACUGUAAAUUACUGUGACAAUUUAGACGCAAGUGUGGUAAUAUAAUGAAUGUGGCCUCCCUAUGGAAUAUUGGUACGGGCCGAAUCCUCUGAACUCGCUAUACGUGCAACAGGUAGGCUACUCAAGAUAUCAAACAGCUUCAAUGUAUCUUAUCAGUUUUGAUACAUUGUAUCGGUUGCCUGAAGUGGUCUGAAGUGGUGUUUUUAUUAGAUUGUCCUUUUUCUCUCUACAUAUUUUCCAUUGGAACAUGCUGCGUGUGAGAUCUGCAUUCUACCAGUCUUGGAGGGGCUUCAGGACCUUCCCCUGUGCAGCUGUUGAGGUGAAGAAUGAGCCCAUCCUGGGAUUCAACGAGGGCAGUCCAGAGAAGGCCGAGCUGCAGAAGGCCCUGGAUGACCUGAAGGGGAAGACAGAGGAGAUUCCCUGUGUGGUUGGAGAUGAACAUGUGUGGACCAAAGACAUCAGAUACCAGCUAUCUCCCUUCAACCACUCUCACAAACUGGCCAAGUUUUGCUAUGCUGACAAGGAGCUGCUCAACAAGGCUAUCUUGGCCUCUGUGGCGGCAAGGAGAGAAUGGGACCUGAAACCCAUCCAGGACCGAGCCCAGGUCCUCUUUAAGGCUGCCGACAUCAUCAGUGGACCUAAGAGAGCUGAGAUUCUGGCCAAAACCAUGAUCGGCCAGGGUAAAACAGUGGUGCAGGCAGAGAUUGAUGCAGCUGCAGAGCUAAUAGACUUCUUCCGGUUCAAUGCGAAGCACGCUGUUGAACUGGAGAGCCAGCAGCCCCUGGACAGUGACGGUAGCACCAACACCAUGCUCUACCGUGGGCUGGAGGGUUUCAUAGCUGCUGUUGCCCCAUUUAACUUCACUGCAAUUGGUGGAAACCUGGCAGGUACACCUGCUCUCAUGGGUAAUGUAGUUCUGUGGAAGCCUAGUGACACAGCCAUGUCAGCUAGCUACGCCGUCUACAAUGUCCUCCGGGAUUCAGGGUUGCCCCCCAACAUCAUCCAGUUUGUGCCGGCUGAUGGACCAGUAUUUGGAGACACCAUCACCUCCUCUGAACACCUUGCUGGCAUCAACUUCACUGGCAGUGUCCCUACCUUCAAGCGCCUGUGGAAACAGGUGGCCCAGAACCUGGAUGUCUACAAGAAUUUUCCUCGGGUGGCAGGAGAAUGCGGUGGUAAGAACUUCCAUUUUGUGCACAAGUCAGCAGAUGUACAGAGUGUGGUGACAGGGACCAUCCGCUCAGCAUUUGAGUAUGGAGGGCAGAAGUGCUCGGCCUGCUCCAGGAUGUAUGUACCAGACUCUCUUUGGCCCCAGAUCAAACAGGGGCUCCUGGACAUCCACAAGCAGCUCAAAGUGGGAGACCCCGUGGAGGACUGGAGUACAUUCUUCUCUGCUGUGAUUGAUGACAAGUCCUUUGCUCGUAUUAAGAAGUGGUUGGACCAUGCCAAGUCUUCCCCUAAGUUGAACAUUAUUGCUGGAGGCCACUGUAAUGACAAGAAGGGUUACUUUGUGGAGCCCACCAUCAUUGAGAGCACAGACCCACAAGAAGCCAUCAUGGCCGAGGAAAUCUUUGGGCCAGUUCUGUCUGUCUAUGUUUACCCUGAGAACGACUACCUGGAAGUUCUCCACCUGAUAGACAACACAUCACCAUAUGCCCUGACAGGAGCUGUCUUUGCUCUCGAUAAGAAUGUUGUGAAUGAGGCAGCCAAAGCCUUGCGGAACGCUGCAGGAAAUUACUAUGUUAAUGACAAGUCCACUGGCUCUAUUGUCGCCCAGCAACCAUUUGGUGGCGCCAGAGCUUCAGGUACUAAUGACAAACCUGGUGGUCCUCACUACGUACUGAGAUGGACGUCCCCACAGGUGGUCAAGGCCACCCACGUCCCGCUCCGAGAAUGGAAGUACCCCUAUAUGGGUUAAAAAGACAGUACUCUACCCCUUCCUCCCCGACCUAGGCCUCCCUCAUCCAAUCCUAGUUCUGUAGAGGAAUCUGUGGACAAUGAAAUGAAGAGAACAAUCCUCUCCUUACUCAUCCACGUUUUGUCCCUUUUUGCCCUUAUAUGUAUGCACUGAAUCUGUACACAAGUACGAAUGUAAUUAUUAGCUGUUCUAAAUUGAAAGGGGGAGCAACAGUGCCCCUCUCUGGCACUUCAUGAGAUCAGCAGGAGCUGCAGCUGCUAGCUGUACAGAAGAAUGACAAUAUGACAAUACGUCCCGUGGAUCCACAGACAUAGUAAAACUGUGUGGUCUACCAUGGAUUCCACAGACUUGUAAUAAUCAAUCAUCUGUUUUUUUAAUCAAAUGGCUGCUAUGUGCUUCUGAGCCUCUGUUUUACCAUCUCAGUACUGACUGGUCCUGAGAUGUAGGCUACUCACUGUUAGGUUGUCUCCGCCUGUUCUGUCCUGAGGAAAGUAUUCAAAGAGUUGUUAAGCAUCAAAUACUUUACGAAACUGACUCUAUGUUAUAAAAAUUAACUGACCGUC